CUUCUAGCACUUGUCAGCGGCGUUUUCUACUCUCCCACAUUCUCCCCUAUCAGUAAAUAGCAACAGACACGCUCCUCGACGUUGCAUUUCGCUUUUUGUCAUCAUUUGCCGAAUGGUGCGACUCACUGUUGGUCGACUGUUUUAUAAUACGUGUGCCUCUCUGAUCCGUACGAGUGCCAUCGCCAGAACAAUGGGUGAAGCCCAGGGAUUGACCGACAAGGAAGCAAAGGAGCUGCUGAAGCUUCCCGAUGCCGAAACGAAGGACUUCCUUUUCCAACAAACCAUGUAUCGGAUCAAGGAUCCGCGUGCGUCAAUUCCUUUCUACAACGAGGUGUUGGGGAUGAAUCUGUUGUGUAAGCUGGACUUCCCGGAAGCACAAUUUUCUCUGUAUUUCAUGGGCUAUGAAGACAUCGCCAAACAACCUGCCGACCGGAAGGAAUGCGUUAAAUGGGCCAUGAGUCGCAAGGCAACUCUCGAACUAACGCACAACUGGGGCACGGAGUCCGAUCCGGACCAGAAGUACCACAACGGAAACUCGGACCCGCGAGGCUACGGCCAUAUCGGCAUCAUGGUACCGGACGUGGAGAAAGCUUGCGAACGGUUCGAUCGGCUUGGGGUCGAGUACGUGAAGCGUCCGGAAGAUGGCCGCAUGAAGGGGCUGGCCUUCAUCAAGGAUCCGGACGGUUACUGGAUCGAGAUUUUCAACGCUUCGAAGGUGGCUGGAAUGUAAGACGGAGGAAGAUGCAUGAAGAAAAGUGCCUUAUUCGGUGCAGAGGGAGUUAUUAAUGGUUCAUUCUUUGCGAGCAGAGGAAAAAGUGUUUGGACACUACCGAUUUUUUUUUCGUAUAUGUGGCCGUGUUUUAAAUGCAUGAGUCAGUUAUUUAUUCGUUCUUUUCGUCACGAUUUUAACUAUUUAAGAAUAAAUGGAGGAGAGAAGCAAUCGAAA